UUCGCGGCUUCCGGCAGGAGCUUUGGCCCCGCGAGGUCCCGGCGGGCGCUGAGAGUUCCUAUCCGACGGGGUUCCUGGAGACGCCGCAAGCCCGCCUCCGCGUAGUGGACGAGCGCCGCGCCUCCUCAGCAUGGGCGAGCCAGGCUUGGAGCUGGCGUCCAUGAUCCCCGCCCUCCGGGAGCUGGGCAGUGCCAGUCCAGAGGAAUAUAAUACAGUUGUACAGAAGCCAAGACAAAUUCUAUGUCAGUUUGUUGACCGAAUACUUACAGAUGUAAAUGUUGUUGCUCUAGAACUCAUAAAGAAAACUGACUCUCAGCCAACCUCUGUGAUGUUGCUUGAUUUCAUCCAGCAUAUCAUGAAGUCCUCUCCACUUAUGUUUGUAAAUGUGAAUGGAAGCCAUGGGCAAAGUGAGGCGAAAGGCAGUUGUAUUGACUUUAGUAGUUGGAUCAUAAGAAGACUUCUUCGUAUUGCAGCAACUCCAUCCUGUCAUAUGUUACACAAUAAAAUCUGUGAAGUCAUCUGCUCAUUAUUAUUUCUUUUUAAAAGCAAGAGUCCUGCUAUUUUUGGAGUGCUGACAAAGGAAUUAUUACAUCUUUUUGAAGACUUGAUUUACAUCCACAGAAGAAAUGCAAUGGGACACAUUGUGGAAUGGCCAGUGCUAGUUAGCCGAUUUUUAAGUCAAUUAGAUGAACAUGUGGGAUAUUUACAGCCAGCUCCUUUGCAGUUCAUGAACAUGCAAAAUUUAGAAUUUAUUGAAGUCACUUUGUUAACAGUUCUCAUUCGUAUUAUUGCUGUUGUGUUUUUUAGAAGGCAAGAACUCUUAUUUUGGAGAAUAGGUUGUGUUCUCCUGGAGUAUGGUAGUCCAAAAAUUAAAUCUUUGGCAAUUAGCUUUUUAACUGAGCUAUUUGAGCUUGGAGGACUUCCAGCACAACCAGCCAGCACUUUUUUCAGCUCAUUUUUGGAAUUAUUAAAACAUCUUGUAGAAAUGGAUGCUGACCAAUUGAAAAUCUAUGAAGGUCCAUUAUCAAAGCUCAUAAAGACACUAUUUGCUUUUGAAGCAGAAGCUUAUAGAAAUAUUGAACCUGUCUAUUUAAAUAUGCUGCUGGAAAAACUCUCUGUCAUGUUUGAAAACGGUGUGCUUAUGCGGCUUAAGUCUCAUUCGCUAAAAGGAGCUUUUUGUCACUUACUGCAGUAUUUCCUUAAAUCUGUGCCAGUGGGGUAUGAAUCUGCUUUACAAGUUAGGAAGAUUUAUGUAAGAAAUAUUUGUAGAGCUCUCGUAGAUGUGCUUGGAGUUCAGAUAGAUGCAGAGUAUUUGUUGGGCCCACUUUAUGCAGCUUUAAAAAUGGAAAGUAUGGAAAUUAUUGAGGAGAUUCAGUGCCAACUUCAACAGGAGAACCUCAGCAGUAAAAGUGAUGGAAUAUCACCCAAAAGGCGUCGACUCAGCUCAUCUCUAAACUUGUCCAAAAGAGCAACAAAACAGACUGAGGAAAUUACUCAUGUGGAUAUGAACAAAAGGAGCUUAUUAUGGAGUGCACUGAAACAGAAAGCUGAAUCUCUUCAGAUUUUCCUUGAAUACAGUAGUCUAAAGAAUCCUGUUAUUGAGACUUUAGAAGGAAUUGCUGUUGUCCUACAACUGACUGCUCUGUGUACUGUUCAUUGUUCUCCUCAAAACAUGGACUGCUAUAAUUUCAAGGACUGUCAACAAAAGUAUAAGAAGAAACCGGUAGUAAUAACUUGGAUGUCUUUGGAUUUUUACACAAAAGUGCUUAAGAGCUGUAGGAGUUUGUUGGAAUCUGUUCAGAAACCUGACCUGGAAGCAGUUAUUGAUAAAGUGAUGAAAAUAUAUGAUGCCUUGAUUUAUAUUCAAGUAAAAACUUCAUUUGAAGAUCAUAUUCUAGAAGAUUUGUGUGGAAUGCUCUCAAUUCCAUGGAUUUAUUCCCAUUCUGAUGAUGGCCCUUUAAAAUUGACCUCAUUUGCCACUAAUCUUCUAACAUUAAGCCAGAGGAUUUCAGAUAGCUUCUCACCACAGGCACAAUCACGAUGUGUGUUUCUUCUUACACUGUUUCCAAGAAGAAUAUUCCUUGAAUGGAGAACAGCAGUUUACACCUGGGCCCUGCAGAGCUCCCAUGAAGUAAUCAGGACUAGUUGUGUUAAAGGAUUUUUUAUCUUAUUGCAGAAGCAGAAUUCUUGUAACCGAGUUCCCAAGAUUCUUAUAGAUAAAGUCAAAGAUGAUUCUGAUAUUGUUAAGAAAGAAUUUGCCUCUGUACUUGAUCAACUUGUCUGUACACUUCAUGGCAUGUUUUAUUUGACAAGUUCUUUAACAGAACCUUUUUCUGAACAUGGGCAUAUUGACCUCUUCUGUAAGAGCCUAAAAGUCAUGUCUCAACAUGAAUGUUCAUCUUCUCGACUAAGAGCUUCUGUUUUCAAGCCAUUCCUUUUCCUUCUGAAAAAAAAAGUAUCUAGUCUAGUGAAACUUGCUUUCAUAGACAAUCUAGAACAUCUUUGUAAGCAUCUUGAUUUUAGAGAAGAUGAAACAGAUGUAAAAACAGUUCUUGGAACUUUAUUAAAUUUAAUGGAAGAUCCAGACAAGGAUGUUAGAAUGGCUUUUAGUGGAAAUAUCAAGCACAUAUUGGAGUCCUUGGACUCUGAAGAUGGAUUUGUAAAAGAGCUUUUUGUCUUAAGAAUGAAGGAAGCAUAUACACAUGCCCAAAUCUCAAGAAAUAAUGAGUUGAAGGAUACCUUGAUUCUUACAACCGGAGAUAUUGGAAGGGCAGCAAAAGGAGAUUUGGUACCUUUUGCACUUUUGCACUUACUGCAUUGCUUACUGUCCAAGUCAGCAUCUGUCUCUGGAGCAGCAUACACAGAAAUUAGAGCUCUGGUUGCAGCUAAAAGUGUUAAACUGCAAAACUUUUUCAGCCAGUAUAAGAAACCCAUCUGUCAGUUUUUGGUGGAAUCCCUUCACUCCAGUCAGGUGACAGCACUUCCUGGUACUCCAUGCCAGAACACUGAGAUGCGCAAACAGGAUGUGGCUCACCAGAGGGAAAUGGCUCUAAAUACCUUGUCCGAAAUUGCCAAUGUUUUUGACUUUCCUGAUCUUAAUCGUUUCCUUACUAGGACAUUACAAGUUCUGCUACCUGACCUUGCUGCCAAAGCAAGCCCUGCAGCUUCUGCUCUCAUUCGAACUUUAGGAAAACAACUAAAUGUCAAUCGUAGAGAGAUUUUAAUAAAUAACUUCAAGUAUAUUUUUUCUCAUUUGGUCUGUUCCUGUUCCAAGGAUGAAUUAGAACGUGCCCUUCAUUAUCUAAAGAAUGAAACAGAUAUUGAACUGGGGAGCUUGUUGAGACAAGAUUUCCAAGGAUUGCAUAACGAAUUAUUGCUGCGUAUUGGAGAACAUUAUCAACAAGUUUUCAAUGGUUUGUCAAUACUUGCCUCAUUUGCAUCUAGUGAUGAUCCAUAUCAGGGCCCAAAAGAUAUCAUAUCACCUGAACUAAUGGCUGAUUAUUUGCAGCCCAAGUUGUUGGGCAUUUUGGCCUUUUUUAACAUGCAGUUACUGAGCUCCAGUGUUGGCAUUGAAGAUAAGAAAAUGGCCUUGAACAGUUUGAUGUCCUUGAUGAAGUUGAUGGGACCCAAACAUGUCAGUUCGGUCAGGGUGAAGAUGAUGACAACACUGAGAACCGGCCUUCGAUUCAAGGAUGAUUUUCCUGAAUUGUGUUGCAGAGCUUGGGACUGCUUUGUUCGUUGCCUGGAUCAUGCUUAUCUAGGCUCCCUUCUUAGUCAUGUAAUUGUAGCUUUGUUACCUCUCAUACAUAUCCAGCCUAAAGAAACUGCAGCUAUAUUUCACUACCUCAUAAUUGAAAACAGGGAUGCUGUACAAGAUUUUCUUCAUGAAAUAUAUUUUUUACCUGACCAUCUAGAAUUAAAAAAGAUAAAGGCAGUUCUACAGGAAUACAGAAAGGAAACAUCUGAGAGUACUGAUCUUCAGACAACUCUUCAGCUAUCUAUGAAAGCAAUUCAACAUGAAAAUGUGGAUGUUCGUAUUCAUGCUCUAACAAGCUUGAAGGAAACCUUGUAUAAAAAUCAGGAAAAACUAAUAAAAUAUGCAACAGAUAGUGAAACAGUGGAACCUGUUAUCUCACAGCUGGUGACAGUGCUUUUGAAAGGUUGCCAAGAUGCCAAUUGUCAUGCUCGGUUGCUCUGUGGGGAAUGUUUAGGGGAAUUGGGGGCAAUAGAUCCAGGUCGACUAGAUUUCUCCACAACUGAAACCCAAGGAAAAGAUUUUACAUUCGUGACUGGAGUUGAAGAUCCAAGUUUUGCCUAUGGAUUAUUGAUGGAAUUAACAAGAGCUUACCUUGCAUAUGCAGAUAACAGCCGAGCUCAAGAUUCAGCUGCUUAUGCCAUUCAGGAAUUACUUUCUAUUUAUGACUGUAGAGAGAUGCAGACUGACAGCCCAGGUCACCAGUUGUGGAGGAAAUUUCCUGAGCAUGUUCGGGAAAUAUUGGAACCUCAUCUAAAUACUAGAUACAAGAGUUCUCAGAAGUCAACAGAUUGGUCUGGAGUGAAGAAGCCAAUUUACUUAAGUAAAUUAGGUAAUAACUUUGCAGAAUGGUCAGCAUCUUGGGCAGGUUAUCUUAUAACAAAGGUUCGGCAUGAUCUUGCCAGUAAAAUCUUCACUUGCUGUAGCAUUAUGAUGAAGCAUGAUUUCAAGGUGACCAUCUAUCUUCUCCCGCAUAUUCUAGUCUAUGUCUUGUUGGGUGGUAAUCAAGAAGAUCAGCAGGAGGUUUAUGAAGAAAUUAUGGCAGUUGUAAAGCAUGAUGAUCAGCAUAACAUAAGUACCCAAGACAGUGCAUCUGAUCUGUGUCAACUUAGUACACAGACUGUGUUCUCCAUGAUUGACCAUCUCACACAAUGGUCAAGGCACAAAUUUCAGGCACUGAAUGCUGAGAAAUUACCACAAAGCAAAUCAAAUAGAGAGAAGGUAGACUCAAUGGUAUCUACUGUGGAUCAUGAAGACUAUCAGAGCGUAACUCGUUUUCUAGACCUCAUACCUCAGGACACUCUGGCAGUAGCUUCUUUUCGCUCUAAAGCAUACACACGAGCUGUAAUGCACUUUGAAUCAUUUAUUACAGAAAAUAAGCAGGACAUUCAAGCACAUCUUGGAUUUUUACAGAAAUUAUAUGCUGCUAUGCAUGAACCAGAUGGAGUGGCUGGAGUCAGCGCAAUUCGAAAGGCAGAACCAUCUCUAAAAGAACAGAUCCUUGAGCAUGAGAGCAUCGGCUUGCUGAGGGAUGCCACUGCUUGUUAUGACAGGGCUAUUCAGCUAGAACCAGACCAGAUCAUUCAUUAUCAUGGUGUAGUGAAGUCCAUGUUAGGUCUUGGCCAGCUAUCCACUGUAAUUACUCAGGUCAAUGGAGUGCAUGCAAACAGGUCUGAAUGGACAGAUGAAUUAAACACAUACAGAGUGGAAGCAGCUUGGAAAUUGUCACAGUGGGAUUUAGUGGAAAACUAUUUGGCAGCAGAUUGGAAAUCUACCACAUGGAGUGUCAGACUGGGACAGUUAUUAUUGUCAGCCAAAAAAAAAGACUCCACAGCUUUUUAUGAUACAUUGAAACUAGUGAGAGCGGAACAAAUUGUACCUCUUUCAGCUGCAAGCUUUGAAAGAGGCUCUUACCAAAGAGGAUAUGAAUAUAUUGUGAGAUUACACAUGCUGUGUGAAUUGGAGCAUAGCAUCAAACCACUUUUUCAGCAGUCUCCAGGUGAUGAUUCUCAAGAUUCUCUAAACUGGGCAGCUCGACUAGAAAUGACCCAGAACUCCUACAGAGCCAAGGAGCCCAUUCUGGCUCUCCGGAGAGCUUUAUUAAGCCUCAAUAAAAGACGAGAUUACAGUGAAAUGGUUGGAGAAUGCUGGCUACAGAGUGCCAGAGUGGCUAGAAAGGCUGGUCACCAUCAGACAGCCUAUAAUGCUCUGCUUAAUGCUGGAGAAUCGCGACUUGCGGAACUGUAUGUGGAAAGGGCAAAGUGGUUGUGGUCCAAGGGUGAUGUUCACCAGGCACUAAUUGUUCUUCAAAAGGGUGUUGAAUUAUGUUUUCCUGAAAAUAAAACUCCAACUGCGAGUAAAGACAUGUUAAUCCAUGGUCGAGCUAUGCUACUAGUAGGCCGAUUUAUGGAGGAAACAGCUAACUUUGAAAGCAAUGCAGUUAUGAAAAAAUAUAAGGAUGUGACCUUGUUCCUGCCAGAAUGGGAGGAUGGGCAUUUCUACCUUGCCAAGUACUAUGACAAAUUGAUGCCCAUGGUCACAGACAACAAAAUGGAAAAGCAGGGUGAUCUCAUUCGGUAUAUAGUCCUUCAUUUUGGAAGAUCUCUACAAUAUGGAAAUCAAUUUAUAUAUCAGUCAAUGCCACGGAUGUUAUCAUUAUGGCUUGAUUUUGGUGCUAAGGCAUAUGAGUGGGAAAAAGCUGGCCGCUCUGAUCGUGUACAAAUGAGAAAUGAUUUAGCUAAAAUAAACAAAGUUAUCACAGACCACACAAGUCAGUUAGCUCCAUAUCAGUUUUUGACUGCUUUUUCACAAUUGAUCUCCCGAAUUUGUCAUUCUCACGAUGAAGUUUUUGUUGUCUUGAUGGAAAUUAUAGCCAAAGUGUUUCUGGCCUAUCCUCAGCAAGCAAUGUGGAUGAUGACAGCUGUAUCAAAGUCUUCUUAUCCCAUGCGUGUGAACAGAUGCAAGGAAAUCCUAAAUAAAGCUAUUCAUAUGAAAAAAUCCUUAGAAAAGUUUGUUGGAGAUGCAACUCGUCUAACAGAUAAGCUUCUAGAAUUGUGCAAUAAACCGGUGGAUGGAAGUAGCUCCACAUUAAGCAUGAGCACUCAUUUUAAAAUGCUUAAAAAGCUGGUAGAAGAAGCAACAUUUAGUGAAAUCCUCAUCCCUUUACAAUCAGUCAUGAUACCUACUCUUCCGUCAAUUCUGGGUACCCAUGCUAACCACGAUCCAUUUCCUGGUCAUUGGGCUUAUAUUGCAAGUUUUGAUGAUACGGUGGAAAUUCUUGCUUCUCUUCAGAAACCAAAGAAGAUAUCUUUAAAAGGAUCAGAUGGAAAGUUCUACAUCAUGAUGUGUAAGCCAAAAGAUGACCUGAGAAAGGAUUGUAGACUAAUGGAAUUUAAUUCCUUGAUUAAUAAGUGUUUAAGAAAAGAUGCAGAAUCUCGUAGAAGAGAACUUCAUAUCCGAACAUAUGCAGUUAUUCCAUUGAAUGAUGAAUGUGGGAUUAUUGAAUGGGUUAACAACACUGCUGGCUUGAGACCUAUUCUCACCAAACUAUAUAAAGAAAAGGGAGUUUAUAUGACAGGUAAGGAACUUCGCCAAUGUAUGCUACCAAAGACGGCAGCUUUGUCUGAAAAACUCAAAGUAUUUCAAGAAUUUCUCCUGCCCAGGCAUCCUCCUGUUUUUCAUGAGUGGUUUCUGAGAACAUUCCCUGAUCCAACAUCAUGGUACAGUAGCAGAUCAGCAUAUUGCCGUUCCACUGCAGUUAUGUCAAUGGUUGGUUAUAUCCUGGGCCUUGGAGAUCGUCAUGGUGAAAACAUUCUCUUUGAUUCUUUGACUGGAGAAUGUGUACAUGUGGAUUUCAACUGUCUCUUCAAUAAGGGAGAAACCUUUGAAGUUCCAGAAAUUGUUCCAUUUCGCCUGACUCAUAAUAUGGUUAAUGGAAUGGGUCCAAUGGGAACAGAAGGUCUUUUUCGAAGAGCUUGUGAAGUUACAAUGAGGCUGAUGCGAGAUCAGAGAGAGCCUUUAAUGAGUGUCUUAAAGACUUUUCUUCAUGAUCCUCUUGUGGAAUGGAGUAAACCGGUGAAAGGACAUUCCAAAGUACUACUGAAUGAAACUGGGGAAGUUGUCAAUGAAAAGGCCAAGACCCAUGUUCUUGAUAUCGAGCAGCGACUGCAAGGUGUAAUCAAGACCCGUAAUAGAGUGACAGGGCUGCCCUUAUCUAUUGAAGGACAUGUACAUUACCUUAUACAAGAAGCUACUGAUGAAAACUUACUAUGCCAAAUGUACCUUGGUUGGACCCCAUAUAUGUGAAAUUACUUCAAAGAAUAUGUUAAUCUAAAAUUAACAUUUCAUAAUUUAUCUGUUUUUAUAUAUUCAAUUCCAAAAUAUAGUACAAUAUAAGUUGCUUUAUGUUCUCAGAACAAUGUAUUAUUUCUCCCUGAUUGUUAAUAUUUGUUAUGAAAUAAAGUGCUUUCCUCACUAUCUACUGUGUAUUAUAACCACUAGAAAAAUAGAACAUGAAAUGUUCUUAUGCUCUAAAAACACAUAUAGCCCUGGCUGGUGUGGCUCAGUGGAUUGAGCACCAGCCUGUGAACCAAAGGGUCACCAGUCUGAUUCCCAGUCAGGGCACAUUCUUGGGUUGUGGGCCGUGUCAUGUCCCCAGUAGGGGGUGCUCUAGUGGCAACUACAUAUUGAUGUUUCUCUCCCUCUCUUUCCCUUCUAUGUAAAAAUAAAUAAAAUGUUGAAAGAAAUAAAAAUAUGUAUUUGCAGGCGGUAAGCCAGACUUACAUCAUUUUACAGCUUUUAGUUUUUAAGUACUUGUUAGCAUAAGGAUUCAUUUGAACAACAAAAAAUUACAUUGAAUAAAUUCUGUGGAACAAAACACUGCUGGAUUUGUGUACAGAGCUUAUUUCCCCUGCCUUCUAAGAACUGACAAUCCAGAGGUAUAAACAUAAAUAGCAUGUCAUUAUGUUCACUUAAUAAAACUCCUUUUUUAUAUGGUUGCAUUGUGUGAUCUGGAAAAAAACAUAAGACAAAAAACAUGCAUAUGAAAAAAACAAACAUUCCGUAAUUUUAAAAAUGCUGCCAACUGAAAGCGUACCAGAAUGUUUAAUCUUGGAAGACAGUAAUACUUAAAGUUUCGUGAGAUUUU